CACUAUAUAUACAGUGUGUUUUUCUGGUUGAGCAGCUGUAACCAAUCUUCGAGUCCGUGCGGAGGAAGGAGUGCUUCGUCCUCCAGCUGGACAACAUCAGGAUGUCUGCGGAAAGAUUUGAGAAAAAGAAGACGAUAGACCUGAGGAAGAAGCACAUUGGGCCAUCUUGUAAGAUUUUCUUCAGCCAUGACCCUAUCAAGAUUGUACAAGCCAAAGGCCAGUACAUGUAUGAUGAAAAAGGACAGCGCUACUUGGAUUGCAUCAACAAUGUGGCUCAUGUGGGCCACUGUCACCCGGAUGUGGUGAAGGCAGGAGCUCAGCAGAUGGAACUACUCAACACCAACUCGCGAUUCUUGCAUGACAACCUUGUACUGUAUGCCCAGAGGCUGCAGGCCACACUACCUGACAAGCUAUCUGUGUGCUACUUUGUGAAUUCUGGAUCUGAAGCCAACGACCUGGCCCUCCGUCUAGCAUGGCAGUACACAGGCAACAAAGAUAUCAUCACGUUGGACAAUGCAUAUCACGGCCACGUCUCAUCGCUCAUUGACAUCAGUCCGUAUAAGUUCCACCAAUCGUCAGAUGCUGAGCAGAAUCAAUAUGUCCAUGUGGCUCCCAGCCCAGAUGUUUACAGAGGCAAAUACAGAGGGGAGCACCUGGACCCUGCUACAGCAUAUGCAGAUGAAGUCAAAGAUAUGGUACAAAGAGUCCAUAAAAAAGGAGGCAAGAUUGCUGCUUUUAUUGCUGAGUCCUUGCAGAGUUGUGGUGGGCAGGUCAUUCCCCCCCAGGGUUACUUCCAACAAGUGGCACAACAUGUCCGCGAGGCAGGGGGCAUUUUCAUCGCUGAUGAAGUCCAAGUGGGCUUUGGGCGUGUUGGCACCCACUUCUGGGCCUUCCAGCUUCAGGGAGAGGACUUUGUACCUGACAUUGUCACGAUGGGAAAGCCUAUUGGCAACGGCCACCCCAUGUCGUGUGUGGUCACGACCAAAGAGGUGGCAGAGGCCUUUAUGUCAUCUGGAAUGGAGUAUUUCAAUACAUUUGGUGGUAACCCAGUGUCGUGUGCCAUCGGUAUGGCCGUCCUAGAUGUGAUUGUGAAAGAGGAUCUCCAGGGUAAUGCACUGCGUGUGGGCCGAUACCUGACCAAUCUGCUGGAAAAGCAGAAAGAGAAGCAUCCACUGGUUGGUGAUAUCAGGGGUCGUGGCCUCUUUGUUGGGUUGGAGCUUGUGAAAGACAGGCUGAAGCUCACUCCUGCUACAGCAGAAGCCCAAGAAGUCAUAUAUAGGCUGAAGGAACAGUACAUCCUUCUUAGUGCUGACGGACCGCAUCGCAAUGUGCUCAAAUUCAAGCCGCCCAUGUGCUUCACUACGGAGGACGCUGACCUGGUGGUGGACAAAAUCGACCACGUUCUCACAGAGCUUGAGGAAGCAUUGGGCUUGAAGUCGCAUAACGCAUUGAGUGUAGAGAAUGAGAGCAGUAAAAGAAAGCUGCCAACUGAUGAAAAUGGACCCCAGUAUCACAGCGGGUUAGCACACAACAGAGGGAGCAGUCAAGAAGUUCUCAACAAACAAACCAAACGCCUCAAGACAUAACGCUGCCCACAAACAGUCAGAGCUGUGACAUGAUUUUAUCUUUUACAUAGUUCAAGAACUGGGAUCAAACAAUGUAAAAUUUAGAGGUAAGGUCAUCUUUAUUAUCCCCGAGGAGGGGCACUUUGUUGCAAAGCCAGCAGUAAUGCAAUCAACUGGCACACAAAAGGUUCACACAAAUUACAUAAUGUUUUUCAAGGUGACAAAACACUGGGGAAAAACUUUAAAUCUUGCAAUUGUACUUCAUUGUCAUUAUUAAACUGUUUACUGCUUACAUGUAUCCUACAGUAUGUUAAGCAUCUUUGAGGACUUUGAAAGCGCUAUAUAAAUCUGAUGUAUUAGGUGCCUUCCCAUGUAACCUAAUGAAAAAUGUUUUAAUAAUAAUAAUAAUAAUAAUAAUAUACUGUUUAUUUGAGAUUGCAGUGUCUUCUCAGGUAUUUUUUUAAAAGUUAAACUUAGGAAUCAAGCCACUUGUUCAGCAUAACAUGUAUAUUGUGGUUUUACUUUGGUGCGAUGAAUCCCCUUAUUGUGCGAGCUACCAUGCUACACAACCUGUAUACUCUUUAUUUAAAUUUUUGCCAACAUUCACUUUACCAUGAUUUUCAGGGAAUUUUAAUGUUAAUAAACCUAAAGGUGUUAUGUUAAAACAUUUAAUGAUGUCUUAAUGGUGACUUGCGCAUUAAAAUGCAGCUUUCACUGAUUAUUAAAAUUACUCUAUACGUAUGGAAUACCUGUAUACACAUUACUAAUUUUGUGGUGAUCAAUCUGUAUUAAAUAAAAUACUCUAUGUGA